GCAUGACUUGAGGUACUAAUACCCUUAAAUUAGUCUUGGGUCUUCACUACAGCUGAGAGGUCAACUCAACCUACUGCCAAAGCAAGACCUGACGGGCACGAGGCAAGGCGCAAUGAUGAAGCAUUUCCUUCUAGUUCUGAAUGUCCUGGCACUAACCUUGCCUUUUUUGGCUGCAGAGAUAGUACAAAGCCAGGAACAGCCAACAUGCCGUGAGAAUGAGGAAAAAGUGGUCAACCAGAAAACAGUUCCCUACGUCCCAGUUUACUUUGUGAUGAGCAGAUUCCUGCCUUACAGAUCUAACUUCUACCAACAUAGACCAGCUGUACCAACUUUCAGUCCAUUUAUGCUGAACCCGUAUUACAUCAAACCAAUUGUAGUUAAGCCAAAUAUGCAAAUCCCUCAGUGGCAAACCCUGCCAAAUGUCCACCAGCCAACAGAGGCACAUCACCCACGCCGACACCCUUUGGUAAUGGCCAUUCGUCCAAAUCAGGUGCAGGAGGAAAACAUCAUCCCAACCCUCAACACGGUGGCUGCUGAGGAGCCCACCCCAAUCCCUUCCAUUGAGCCAUUUGUGAACACCGAAGUUGUUACAAAGGCGUCCCCAGAGUUCAUUUCUAGCCCUGAACCUGCCACAGUAGCAGUUGCUCCAUCAACAGCAGAGGAACAGUAAGAAACGGCAAAGAAGACAAUGCAGAUCUUUGCAAAACUAAAUGAUUUCUUCAGACUCAUCAGUAGCUGUUUGUCUACCUUCCAUCAGAAGAAAAUGUGUCUCUCACUCAACCAGCUGUUUUCUCUUCAGCCCUUCAUUUUACUUUCAUGCCGCAUUUAAAUUUUCAAUUCUUGAAUAAUAAAACCACUUAAUG